CGAAUGGAAGAACAGAUUAGAAGUCUCGUUGACCCAGAAAUUAUUACAAAAAACCUUAAAGAUAUGAUCUACUUUUUAAUUAAUAGGGAUUGUAAGGAACACCUUCAGAAAAAUAUGAAAGCUCUUAAAAACUACACUCAAUUAUUCGAUUCUUUAACGAAUGGAACACCAAUUUUUAGAUAUAGAUAUAUGAAAGUUCCCAGGAAGCAUAACCUCCAUAUAGUACCGCGACUGCUUUUCAACAGGUCACUCACUUAUUCUCGUUAUUCACAAAAAUAUAGUCGCUUAGUUCCAGUCCGUAUCAAUGAAAUUAUGGAAUAUCUCAGAGAAUACAUGGAAUUAGCGAACGACACUUACCAAACGGGUAAAUUGAAUACGAGUAGGUUAGACUUUAUAUCUUUCAAAUAUGGUCAGGCCUGCAAGAACUACAACUUCGCUAAAAGCGCAUUCUAUUAUUACUGUGUCGAUUGGACUUUAGAAGAGGUGAAGAAGAAAGAAGGAGACUUUCAAAUGCUUUGGAAUGAUUACGAAAAUGUGGCUAACGAUAUAAUACUUGAUCUAAACAACAUCAACUCCUUACUUUCUUCUCUUCAGGCGAACAUAAUCGCAGACUUGGAUGCCGGUAUUAAGUUAGCAAACGAUUACUUAAACGAUACGGCCUCCGAGAAACGAUUAGCCUCCACGUUGGGUUCACAGAAAACUUAUGAAGAUGUGAACAACUUAAAGGCCUUCUUUAGCGAAGUUCGAUCCCGAGGGACAUUGCUCUUUGAUAACUGGAAAAAAUUGUCGCAAGCAUCCGUUGCCAUUUGGAAGUCUAUUUUCAUGGAUGAAGAUUGCUUUGAAUAUUACGAAUUUGCUAAUAUAACGCAGUUUCAGGAAAAUCCUGAC